UGCUGGCAACGCAAUUUUAAAUGCUUUUUGUGAAAAUUUCUCUCUCACACAUUUAAAUCUCUCUGCUAACCGUCUCGACGACCACAAUUGCGCCGUACUAGCAGAAAUGCUCCAAAAAAACACCACCCUCCUCUCUCUAAAUCUAAACUACAACCAGAUAGGUAGAAAUGGGUCUUUUGUCACGAACUCACUUAGCAAAAACAAAAGUUUAGAAUUUCUAGGCCUCCGCCACAAUAACCUUUUACCUAUCACUAUUGAAUCAUUUUUAGAGAGCCUCUUUCUAAACACUACUCUAAUCCAAUUAGAUCUUUUACGCGUACUUGACGACGACCAAAUCAUCGUAAUUCAAAAAGAAGAAAAAUACUUUCCAAUUCUUUCCUGA